GCUGGAGAUGUUCAAAUCUCAUUCCCCCACCGCUUCCAUUGCCUUCCGUUGGCCCUCAAGUCUUCGCGCACACACACAGAACUAUUUCAUGGCAGAAGAAACAAGUUGAAGAAAAGCAUAUCCGCAGAGAAACGGAAGAGGGAGGGGGAGAGAGAGAGAGAGAGAAUCGAGGGUCCGUGAAAGAAAAUCUUGGGGGUGAAAGAAAAUUGGAAGUAGAGAAGCUGGUUCAGGAAGAAAGUAAGAGGUAGUGAAAAGAGACUUCUUGUGAGAAAAAGAUUUUAGAGAGAGAGAGAGCGUGUUGGGGCUGGGGGCUGGGGAUGUAAAUUUAGAAGCAGAGAAGAGCCAGAGAAAGGGAGAAAGUUCGUCUUUCGAAUUGAAGAAUCUGGAAGAAACGAUAUCGUUAUCUGCGGAGAAACCUGAAAUCCCUAGCCCCCCAACUGUGAAGGAGCGGUCUCCAACUUGGUCCGACCUCUGGCUCAAGAACACCAAGAAGCCUCUCAAGCAUGUGGUGUUGACCAUGCAGCUACAGUCCCUCUCUUCCCCCACCAUCAAUUCCCCCCAAAUCUCCAAAACCCUAACCCCCAGUUUAUCCAAAUCAGACCCUACCCUCCUCCUCCCCGACGCAGUCCUCCUCAAAAUCCUCGCCGAACUCCCUGAUUCCCAGCGCAAACCCAACUCCCUCGUUUGCAAGCGCUGGCUUAACCUCCAAGGUCGCCUUGUCCGCUCCCUGAAGCUCUUGGAUUGGCAUUUUCUCGAGUCGGGUCGCUUGGUUUUUCGGUUUCCAAAUCUGACCCAUGUAGAUUUGGUUUCUGGGUGUUUGGUUUCGCCCCGAAAUUCGGGUAUUCUGUUGAGCCAUAGAGUUGUUUCGGUUCAUAUCGGAUCCACGUUCUCCAAGAUGUGGAAGGUAUGCGAAGAUAGUCUGUUGCCUGCUGAGGUUAUUGAUAUGGGGCUAAACGUGUUGGCUAGUGGUUGCCCCAAUUUGCGCAAACUCGCGGUGAUUGGCGCUAGUGAAGUGGGGCUGUUGAAUGUGGCCGAGGAGUGCUCGACACUCCAAGAGUUGGAGUUGCAUAAGUGUGGUGAUGAUGCAUUGCGCAGCAUUGCCGCGUGUACGAAUUUGCAAGUCUUGAAGCUGGUUGGCAAUGUGGAUGGGUUUUAUAGUUCCGUGCUUUCGGAUAUUGGGUUAACAAUAUUGGCACGAGGGUGUAAGAGGUUGGUGACGCUCGAGCUUCAUGGUUGUGAAGGGAGUUUUGAUGGGAUUAAGGCAAUUGGGCAGUGUUGCCUAAUGUUAGAGGAAUUGACAAUUUGUGAUCAUAGGAUGGAUGGUGGAUGGUUAGCGGGGCUCUCAUAUUGUGAAAAUCUCAAGACUUUAAAGUUUCAGUCCUGUAAAGGGAUCGAUCCGAGUCCGGGGCCAGACGAGUUUUUGGGCUGUUGCCCGGCUCUAGAACGGUUACAUUUGCAGAAGUGUCAGUUGCGGGAUAAGAAUAGCCUGCGAGCGCUGUUUGUGUUGUGUGGGGCUGUGAGGGAGAUGGUUUUUCAGGACUGUUGGGGCUUGGAUAACGACAUGUUCAUCUUCGCUAGUACUUGCAGGAGGGUAGAGUUCCUAUCUUUGGACGGAUGCUCAUUGCUGACAACCGAAGGUCUGGCCUCUGUAAUUCUUUCCUGGAAAGAACUUCGAAGACUUAGAGUCGUCUCCUGCAAGAAUAUAAAGGAUAGUGAAAUUUCUCCUUCACUCUCAACCCUGUUUUCUGUUUUUAAAGAGUUGAAAUGGAGGCCAGAUACGAAGUCGCUUCUUCCAUCGAGUCUUGUGGGGACCGGCAUGGGAAAGAAAGGUGGUAAAUUUUUCAGGAGGAUGUGAGACCUAAAAGCUGAUAACCGGAAUCUGCAGCUUGAUCUUACACAGAUGAUUCAGGCAAACAUUGUUAAAGGAGUUGUGAUACUGUACCAAUAUUCUGUAAUCAUUACGUUAAUUUAGAUGGUUAGAAUAGAUAUUGAUGUUCGCAAAGAAAGAUUGUAAACAUCGUACAUUUUGCCUGACCCGCUCUCUCGGGGGUUUCCCCACCCACCACAAUUUUGAUUCAACAGGGCAGAUUAUCUAGGUCAUGUUUUGACUGUUCAGUCAAUAAUACUCGAGCAUGCUUGUAACGUCAAUGGCUUGCUGCAGUUCAUUAUCUAUGUAGGUGGCUUUUUAAGCGUGCCAGACGUAUGCACUCUGAAACAAUAUUUUUAAAUCAAUCUUGAGAUUGGUUUUUGGAAAUUCAUUGCCACGUAAUGCAACUGAUGCUGCACACGAGAAACAUUGCCACAUUGCCAAUGCGCUGAAGUUAAGAAAAGCUACUUUGCUAGAAUAUUUGUCAAGAUAAUGAUGUAGGCAAGAUGACAGAAAGAGCACUGCAACAGAAAGAGCACUGCAAGGGCAAACUGUCUUCUUUUUUAACAUAAUUCAUUCAGUACAACAGGAACCAUAAUAUGUUACCACGGUGUUUUCUACUCAUAAGUCAUAACCCGGCUGAUUGAAAGUAUCUUUAUCUUUCGUCUUUUUCGGGGGGCAUUCGCUUCCUUAUUCUUUUGUUAUUUGGGUAGAAAACGAACAAAGGAAAUGUCCAUGAAACCCUCACACUUGAAAUUUUCCAUUUUCGUGAGUAUCGAUCAAACUCCUGACGUGAAGUUUGCUUUUUGGCUUUUAGUGUAACUCCGUUGUCGUUGAGGUGGCAAAACCAUAGUAGUAUAAACUUUGAAGUGGAACGAGAGGGCGAGCAAGCGACACAGAGCGAGAGAGAACCUUUUUCUGUUCACCUAGUGAUAGAAAGAGCGAUGAAGGAGAAGGAAGUGACAGUUUCAAGCCCUAAAAGUGGGAAUGAUACCGAGAAAAAUUAACCCGUACCAACCUUCAGACCCUCUUCCCGAAAUGCUUCCUCCAAAUACGACUUCGUCAAGGUAAAGGUUUGGUUGGGUGACAAUGCUGAUCACUAUUACGUUCUAUCCAGAUUCUUGCUCACUAAGGUCUAAAUUCGCGCCCAGUUCAAUCAUUUUUGUAUAAUUUUUUAUAGAUUGUUUAGUUUUGGCUCCAUAGUCCAUUUAUGGGAUCUUAAUUUUCUGAUAGUCCUUAUUUUGUUUUGUUUAUUGUUUUUGCAUCGAGUUGUUGGAAAUGAAUAUCACAUCAUGUUGAUAGUGAGCUUGUUGCAAUGAACGUGCCUCGUUCAUUUCACAUCAACAUGAUUAAGUGUCACGUGGUAUUCGUUGCCCUUUUCUGUUGGAUAGUUAUGCCUGAUGUUUGCAGAUACCAAAUCAUGUAGCUAUUAAAAUUGCUCUCGAGCUCAAGAAGCUGCUCUCAUAGACAACAGCCUUCUAGAUAUCUCUCAGUCAGAUUUGGAAGCUAAUCUGUUUAAGGUUUUGAAGAAGGCUAUGAAAGAUGGGAAGCCAAUUAUAACUGAGGUAUGUUUUCUAUUCUAAUUGUGUGGAUGUAAAACAUUUAUGCAGUUCAUUUCUUCUUCCUCCACUCUCCCCCUCGUGGUGUUUUGCCACGAUUAGCAUUUUCAUAUGCAUUUGGAGUAUUUUAUAUUAUGUAAUCUACUGAAUGAACCAAUUUCAUUGUUUUUAACCAUUGGCUGGGAAUUCAUUUAGAUCCUAGCAUUUAUUUGAUGAAUGAUGAGAAUAAAACCCUGGAUAAGAUGCAGCAAAAAUCUAAAGAAGCUAGUCAUGCCUCUGUGACAUGGGAUGAUAGCACUGCAACUGAAAUAGAAAAUCAUUCUACUAGUGUUUGUGGAAGUAACUGUGAAAAGAGCAGCAGUCCCUGGCAUGUGAGCUCAAAAGAAGGGAUAUCUAAUGAUCAGGUGAAUGAAUCCUUCGGUACUCUGGAGUCAAUCAAUCUAGCAGGAAGUGUCUCUGGGAGCAAAGUUCUUACACUUUGGAUUCUGCUGACAUGUUUAAGAUUCAGUAGAUCUCUUCUGAGAUUGCUAACAAGUGUUACAUAUACUUGAACAACGAAUGAGUGAAAAGAAUUACUUGGCAGGCGCAAAGUUUUCUGAUUGCUUUUCUGCUUACACAGGUGAAACUCUUAAAGAUCCAGGGAAAGAAGGAAAUUCAUUUGUUAGGAAGAAGUCUGGUUCUGAAGCAAUAAUUAUACCUAUAGUUCUGAAGAUGGUUGAAUUUGAUCAUAAGGUGUGGAUGAUCUUAUGCAAUUUUGUCAUUUUAAUUAUACGAGAAUAUAAUAUCAGACAAGCUUCUCCGAAACGAGAAUUAGAACAAGAAUGGAGAAAUAUAAUAUAAAGCUAAAUGUGCAGGCAUUACUAGAGUGGAUCACGACCUGCACAUUUAAGGAUAAAUAUCUAGUCCAGGUACUAAUGAUUGUCGAGUUUAUAACUUUAUAUUGGCGUCAUUGCCAUGUAUCUUCAAGUUUCAACUUGUGGAUCAUGUUGGGUGAUUUAGCUGUUAAGUAAUAUAGAGUGAAUACACUACAUAAUUGGGUCUUUAUGUGGUUGUCUGGACAAAAUUCAAAAUAAAGAGAGGAUGCUGAAAUCGAAUGUUUAUACCAAGCUCCCAGUUUUGGCAAAUCCACGGUGCCAUGCUUUGGUAAUGGCAUUUCAUGCACAGAAUGUGUUCCCUACCAUAUAAUAAACAUGGUUAACUAUUCUCAGCGUGAAAUUGCUUAUGGGCAGGUAUAAUUUUUGGAAUAUAAUGGUAGACAUACCUAUUUAUGACAAAACAGGGCAUAUAUUAUAUGAACAGAAACACUUACAUGCAUUGGAAAGAAUUUAGUCAAGAACUGGUUCAAUAAGAUUGAUUAAGAUGAAUGAAACAUGAUUAGCCAUACAAAGAAAGGAGGGAAAAAUAUUGAAGAAAAUUACAAGUCAAAGGCAACGUGUUAUUCAUGAUAUCAAAGAUGGUUAGGAGGUUCCAGUCAAAGACCAUAUCAAAAUUUUUUGAACUAGUCUUUAUGUGGACAAGGCUGUAUGGUGCACAUAACAUUAAGAUGAAUAAAUUGGCUUACAUAAUAAUCAAAUGCCUUAAUUAUGGCCUGCAAUGUCUUUCAGGGAAUUGAGGGGUUUCUAUUUUAAUUUUUUGCAGUUUAAGUUUAUCUGUGAUAAAUUUAGUGUAGCAUUUGGCUUCAUAUGUUGUUCAAAAAAUGUAAUCUUGGGAACUGGAAUAGGAAACUCCUCAUAUAAGUUUUGGCUUGUCCACUGAAUACGGCUGUCUUCUUGAACCAAUCCUAUAUUUGUUCAACAUAGAUGGUAACUUCUCUUUUUUUCCCUUAUAUCUAUUGAUCAUACCUAGAUGUGGUCGCUAAACUUUGUAUCAGGCUUUUGCCUUCUUUUGAUAAUAUAAUUUAUUUUACUUAUAAAAAAAACUUCUCUUUUUUUCCCUUUUAAUUUAUAUUUAUGAGAUCCAUAUUGUAGCAGAAUAAGCAGAUUAAAAUAUAGUGCGAAUUAAAUGUGUUCCAACCAUAUGUAUGCAAGUGCUGUUCCAAUUUUAGCCAACAAUGCAGCUUGCCAACGUCUGGAACCUGCACAUUUCUUCUUAUUUCAUUUCCUUUUGCUUCUAUAGUAUUGUCUUGAUUGUUUAUUAAUUAAAAUAAAAUUUCAGUUCAAUUUCUUUGCUCGAUUAUUUGUAUUUUCUUCUGCCUUUCUUUUUUACAAUCUUUUUCUUCCAAACACUUUACUUUUUUGCAGGACAAAGAUAAGCUACUAACCAACUUAAAAACUAUUCUGGGUUAUCUUUGUUCAUUCAAGUCACGGGUAUUCCCGCUCAUAUUUGUUUCUUUUGGUUGAUAAGAUGCAAGCAGGGCUGCCAUUGUCUUGCAUAUUAGUAGUGAUUCAUAACUGUCUGAAUUAUAUCAAGGGGCCUUCAAAUCAAAAAAUUAAAAUGGUUUAGUUUGAUGGGUUACUUUUACAGUAAAUCUAUUAAUUCAGGUCUGACUAUAUAGCUAAAAUCUGGGUUUGAGAGAGAAACAAACACAGAACAUCAUAUUCAUUGAAACUUUCAGUUUGGGAAGAUUGAUGGAUAUCUUUAUCAUGGUUUUCUUUUAAGUUCUAUGCACUGGUCCUUAAAGUGAGCAUAGGUCAACUUUCUGACUGUUUAGUGAUGGAUGCCCCAUCAGAUGAAGGCAUCCGAUUAAUCAAAUAGACAACAACAAGGACUACAUCAGUCCAAACCCGUUUGGGAACACACAUGCAAUAGAAGGGCUCGAGCCACUUCCGACAAAUGAUGAUUUCUACAUUCCACCACAUCAUUCCAUUAUGGGGUGCGAAGGCAGGAAAUUUGACUGAUAAUAUAUCAUUUUCAAACAAAUAUCAAAUAUGCGGUAAAAUUAGUAGAUCCAGACUUAUCAAAAAAUUAGUAGAUCCAUAAUUUGAAAUUGUGAGAGAACAAAGUGUGAAUUUGGGUUCCAAUUGGUUUUCAUUUGUUACUAAAAAGGUAGAAUAUAGAAAACACCUUAUUGUGUUUCAUAAAUGAAACACCAUAUCGUACAAAGAAUGUUCUUGCAAUUGAUUUGAAUUUAAGCAUUGAUUUUAACUACUUUCUGGAUUUCAAUGUGCCCACAACUCGGAUCUUUACCUUUCUUUUAGUUUUAGGAUUACGUAUCAUGUUACUGGUGUAGGGAUAGGGAUACCUUAACUUCGUUACGUUUGUAUUCACGAGUUUUAGAGUGCUGCCAACCAUCUUGUUUAUCAAGUUUUUUAAUAUAGUUUAUCAUUUUCCCCUUAAUUUAAUUUAAUUGAAUUUUCUUGGAAUAGGGUUGGACUGUUGCUAAUAUAUCAGCAACAAUGUUCCCACAAACACUGGAUUGGCUACACAGUUAUCUUCUUCAGGUACAUGAUAAGAUGUCGGCUGGUCUGAAGGCUGCAACUUGACCCCAAUCUCAUGGUUGCAUCAAUAUUAUAAGAUGCUGAGCUCUUCCACUCAUGACUGUUCGUAACCUGGAAGUUAGCCCAGCUUGCUGGUCUGAAGCCAGUUUUUGGGUUUUAUGCCUUCAUCAAAGGAUUCAAAAGCUACUUUUUCUGGGAUAUGGGAAUGAUACAUUAACUGUUUUUCUGAUAGGCGAGUUAUGACUCAGUCCAAAUUUGAUUUCUUGUGUCUUCAGCCACCUAUGAAAUAUAUAAAUCCUGAAACUAAAACUUAGUGGGAAACAACUAUGACCUAAUUGUGGCUAUAAAAAAAUCCAGGAACUGCUCAGAACGCUAGCAAUUUUUUGGGAAAAGAUCGUAAAAGAGUUUGAUUUUGCAGUAAUUUGUAAAGUCAAGUUUCCGGGGAAUUAGCUCAUUGACUUCAUUUUCAGAUGUUAUUUAGAGUAAGGGAUUCUUUCAGGGGAAACAAUCCUACAACAGUUUCAUUUCGCUAGCAAAUUUUUUGGGAAAAGAUCCUAAAACAGUUGGCCUCAUUCCUUCCCUUGAUUAUUGUUUUUGUGCAGUGCAUUAAGCAGGGCAUUUCAUCUGAGUCCAAUGAAGAUGGAAGACUAACAGCUGAAAAUUAGAACACAUGCUCAGUUAUUAAAUGAACUCUCAAUAGUUUUAACCUUUUUACUGUUCGUGGAUGAUAUGCUCUUUAUUUGUAUUUUUUUUUUCUUUUGUGAAUCUCUUCUUAAUGUAGUGGUCUAGACCCUUUUUCCUGAAAAGAGUAAUAUUUCCUUGUCAAAGAAGACAACAGAGAAAGAUAGGAUUGCAGGCGGAGAAUGAAAUGAUGUUCAAAGACGCAUGCCAUUUUGGGCUUUUUAAAUAAUUAGGAGAGGAUGGGGGGGAAUUAAAUUGCUCUUACCUUUCAAGCAUACCUCUCUUAUAGCUGUAAAAAAGUGAUAACUAAAGCUACAUAUUGUUGACUAUAACGAAACUGAGUACUACUUACAGUUAUUGCUUGCUUUCGCUUCUUUUGUAAUUUAACUUUCCUUCCCUUGUGUAGAUAGCCAUUGUAAUAAUAUCUAUGCAAAUUCUUGUUACUUAUCAGAGAAAAAUAAUAUCUAUGCAUAUGGGAGAGAGAACGAAAUCAAUAAGGGUUCUGGACACAAAGAUACUGGGAAAGCAGCUGAAAGUUGGGAGGACCAAAUCAAUGAAAUGAAUGUAAAGAGUUUUUCACGGCAACCUUUCUCGAGCUUCUAGCAGGAUGAAAAUUUCCCUUGGUUAAAUGAAGCUUUUUGCGAGUCAGGUCUGCCAUCCUUUUAACUGCAAUCUUAUUUCAGUGACCAACUCCCAGCCCGUCGUGAUCCCCCAAAUCCCACUUUUAUAGACUGGAUCAUGGCUUUGGAGAGGAUGCACAGAGAGCCCCACUAAAUGCUUUUAUCUUUAUGUUUGAUGAUAUUGGCACCGGUUAAUCGGUUCACCAUUUGUGAAACAGACUGCUAAGAAGUCUAAUCGUAGGAUAUGUGCAUUGAACUCAUCUUUUUCUUGAUCAUCCAUCUCCUUUUGCUUAUAAUGUAAUUAUCUUUAAAUGCAUUCUAUGUUCACCUUUGCAGAUAAAUAAGAUUGGUGGAAAAGGAUACGAUUUUUUUUU